UAAAUGUUUUCCAACACUAUACAAAUUCAACUUUGUUUUCAAAACAAAUAAUUUCGCGGAGUCAGCUAGUAUACUACAUUUUUGGCACAUAAUGGAAAUGAUUUUUUUUUUUUGAUAAUAUUAAAAAACUGAAUAGGAUCAGGCAAAAGCUUUACUAUACGUGUGAAGUGCAAUCAAUUGUCCUAAAUUAAAUAAUCAUUUUAAAGAUUUAGAUUUUUGCCUCAAGUGCGAAGUAACGUGAUGAAAGCAAGGUGAACAGAAAGAUCAGAAGGAGAUAUUAUAAAAAAUAGUUGUAAACAAAAAUGAAAUUCAGUUUGGGUAUUUGCGAAUUAUUAUAGACAGGUUUGAAUAUAAAUUAAAAUAAAUAUAAUUACUUAUACUUAUACUACACCCAUACUCAUACUCCUCCUAGUUCAAUUCAAACGUAUAAUUAUACUUAUUCUUAUAUUUAUACAUAUACUUAUACUCAUACUCAUAGGAUUUAUAGGCUGCUUUCUCAACCAUUUUUAAGAUAAAGAUUUACACAAUGUACUCUAUUUUAAAUAAUCUGUCAAACAAAAACAAAACGUAUCAAUGUCUCAAUUUAAUUAAAGCUUCCACAGCACUUGAUUAAGGCAAUCAAAAAUAAAAUACUCUUCAGACUCAAUUUAAAUACUAAAGCGGUUUCGAGACUACGCAGCCAAUAUUCUCAUCAAAUCAGAAUAUUUUUCCAGGAAUAUUCAGCUGAAAAUACAAUUUACAUAUUUUAACUAUCAAUUGUCUAUCUUAUCCAAUGAGUACAACUGGACGAAUUCUCUUGAAUUUCUUGCUGCAUAAAACUCAAUUGACUUCUGUUACUCAAUAACAAAAAUAAAAAUACAGACAAAAAGCAGAAGAAAAUAAUUUGAAUUGUGAAUUUGUUAUUUGUGUUUUGUGUGCCUUUAUUUGGCUUUGGCGACCUAUAUAAUCAAUACAAAACAUCUUAAUGCCUCAAACCAUUUAUAUGUUUCUUAUUUGCUAACUUAUUUACUUACUUAUAUAUAUACACGUAAAUAUUCGUACAUAUUUACACUGGAGCACAACAACUGUAUCUAUGUGCUUUAUCUACUUUCAGGAAACUAGCAAUUUUCUAUCCUCAUUUGAAGCGAUUUCCUAUGCUGUGAAGAGCAUUGCAACAAAACUUAAUUGGACUCAUGUUGACAUUUAUGUUGGCGAUGAAAAUUGGGGUUGCCACUCGCCAUAGCGGCAAACUUGCAUGUACCGUAUAAAAUUGGAAUUGGCGACGAUAUACGUGACCUGCAUGCAUUGGUAAAGCCAUUAUCAUCACUGCGGACAUGAACGAUGACAGCACAUUACAACUGCUCACGCAGUUGGUGGGCCUGCAACACACCAAAGUGCUGCUCAUAGGUGUGGUGGCCCAAGACGUGGCCACGCGGAGAAUAAUUUCUACAAGAAUUUUUCGCACAUUAACGGCAGCGCCGAACUAAUGUCCAAUUUGCUGCUACUCACAGUGCUGAGCGAUAAGUAUCGCUACUUCUUGAAGGUCGCCUUCGAAGACAACGGCAUUGGUUUAGUGCAGAAUUUCCGCCAUAUGCGACGUUGGAAGGCGAUGACCAACGAUGGCAAGCGGGACGCUGAGGCAGGCAUGCUCAAUUGGCCAAUGCACGUGGAUAGCUCCGUUACACGUGCACUGCAAGAGCACGAAGAGGCCAUGGCUGCGGAGGCAUUCGUGGGUGAUAAUGAGGAACUGGCCACGACUACCACGAGUACAACAACUAUGCGCCCGACGCGUGACACCUUGGCGGCCUUCGAUGAGUGUCCACAGCUGAGUGGACUUAAUUUCGUUGAGAUUUGUCCGAAUAUCGAGAAUAUAACGGCACGCUGUGUGCAGUUCUUGCAACAAAAUCACAAAGACAAUAACAAUACUACACGUAACGGCAAAUUCUUGCAACAGCUGCGCACAUUGCUGAAACAACUCUGUCACAUACAUCCAUUCCAAUUUACGAAAUUUCAUAGACUUUUUUCACUUUUACGAUUUUAUAAUUACCAGUGUGCGGCAACAGCUAGCGGCGCUGGCCACAAAACCAAAUUCAAGCAAAAAAGCAAAAUGUGUAAAAUGUGUCCCACUGAAAAUCGCAACGGAAAUGUCGGUGAUGACAUUGACACGACAGCUGGCGUUAUUAGCGCGCAAAUGCCCAAGUAUGAUUUCAUAGUAUUGGAUGUGGUGCAUGAAAAUGCGGCUGCCAACAAUAAUAACCACAAUAAUAACAACAAGAGCAGCGUAUCCACAAAUGCGGCUAUGCUUGACUUCAAUAGCGGUGUCAAAACUGACAUCAAUUCAACGGUGGAUGCAGUGUCAACAGUAUCAAUUGACUCAAUCAAAUGGCGUCCACUGUUGAUACUAGAGCAGCAUGAAAUCAAUUCCAACACCUACAUUACACAUUCAGGCUACGACGAAUCGCUGCUGGUCAGCACAGUGCAGCUUUGGCAAUGCGACUGCUGGACAAUUGUGGCCAUUUGCAUUGGAUUGCUUUUGAUUAUUGUGGCCGCAAGCGUGGCUGCCGGCAUAUCAAUGAGGAAUUACUUUCUGCGUAAGCGCCUCUCGAAAGGAUCCAAUAAAAUUGUUCUCUCCGCUGAUGACUUUGUCUUUCCAGUCGACUCACGUAGGGUCGAUGAGGGCAUCGAAGCGAUGCUUUGUUGUUUGCUGCACCAUCUACAAGAGUUCGGUGGCCCCGAAGUUGACAAGCCUGAUUUGCUCAAAGGUUCAAUUGGUUCGCUAAAAAAUCUUGGCCUAAUUAUACCGGGUGCCGGCACAGCCACCGCAGCAGGUGGUGUAGCCACAGCGAAUGGCGGCAAAGGGACAUCGGGCACGAAUAGCUUAGCGCGUCACAAUCCAGCGCUCCUAGACAUGCGUGCACGCUACAAUGGUGAUUUGGUGCAACUGAAAGAGAUACCCUUGACGGAUUUGGUGCGCGGUAUGCGCUAUCUGCACACCUCACACCUGCGCGUGUACGGCACAUUAACGUCUCGCAAUUAUGUUAUGGAGUAGUUGGGUACUGAAAAUAACCGAUUAUGUUCUGCCAUCAUUCUAUGAAGCGCAGAACCUGCUGCCACCCACACGCACCUCUAAGGAACUUCUGUGGACAGC